AUGGCCGCCCGCCUGACCUGCUGCCUCCUGCUGUGGGCCCUGGGCCAUGGGGGCUGCCGCUCGCCUGAGGGGGAGGGCGCCGGCAGCCAGCCCGCCUGCCCCGUCCCGCCGCCGGCCGGCCCGGCCUCGUCCGCCCCCGGCCGCGACCCCCGCCGCGGCUCUUCGCCGCCCCCUGGGCUGGGCAGCAUCGCUCAGGACAUGGUAGCUGUCCACAUGCUUAAGCUCUACGAGAAGUACAACCGGGAAGGGAGCCGGCCCGGCGACGGCAACACGGUCCGCAGCUUCAGAGCCAGGCCGGAAUUCUUGGCCCAGAAGCCCUUGUACUGCUUCAAUCUGACAUCCAUGCAGGAUUCAGAAAUGAUCCUUGCUGCCACUUUUCACUUCUAUGCUGACAAACGCCCUCGGCACCGGGAGGUGUUUUGUAAACGGUCCAAGAACUCAUCCUGCCGCCUCCUUCACCUGCCUCCAGUCCUACGGCUCAACCUAGUGUUCCAAAGCAUUCACCAGAAUUCUGCCUAUGGACUAGUGAAAGGGAACAUCACUGUGCUUCUUCAAAGGCGAGGGGCUUGGCAUGCAAAGGACAUUUCACACAUUGUAAAAGACUCAAAACUAGCUGGAGAGCUCAUUCUCUGCGCUGAGCUUGAUUCUGGGGAGAAGCACCAGGGCUUCCCUGAACAAAUUGCCAGCCAUUUACCUUAUAUACUAGUUUAUGCCAAUGAUCUUGCAAUCUCUGAACCUAACAGUGUGGCAGGCACCCUACAGCGUUAUGAUCCAUUCCCUCCCAAUGAUGGGGACCCAAAUCUGUCCCCUAAUGCUUCUGCUGACACUCGAGUUAGGAGGGAUACAUACCUCGCUAGCUCUAUUCAGAACAAUGAGUUGCCAGAAGUAGAUUAUAACAACAAUAAGUACAACAAACAUGACAUAUGGGAGAAUGCCUACAGGUCCUUGAAACCAAAAGCCUCACGCAAAGAUCGAAGGAGAAAAGGGCAAGAAAAUACAGAAACACUUAAAAAGUCUCAGGUGCUAAAUUUUGAUGAGAAAACUAUGAAGAAAGCAAGGCGAAAACAAUGGAAUGAGCCAAGGAUUUGUUCAAGAAGAUACAUGAAAGUUGACUUUGCUGAUAUUGGCUGGAAUGAAUGGAUCAUAUCUCCCAAAUCAUUUGAUGCUUACUACUGUGCAGGUGCAUGUGAAUUUCCAAUGCCCAAGAUUGUCCGGCCAUCAAAUCAUGCUACAAUUCAGAGCAUCGUGAAAGCAGUAGGAAUCAUUCCUGGCAUCCCAGAACCCUGCUGUGUUCCUGACAAAAUGAGCUCACUCAGUGUCCUGUUCUUAGAUGAGAGCAAAAAUGUUGUUUUAAAGGUAUAUCCCAAUAUGUCAGUUGAAACUUGUGCCUGCCGAUAA